AUGGCCGAAGCGCAUAAAAUCGAGCGACCACUUUCUUUGCAGGCAGAGAAUAACCUCGUGCCACUUCAAACCCCUUUCCGAGCGCUCAAUCCUCCAGAACACUACACCAUGCGUCUCGCGCCUGCUUUUGUCGUGACUAGUCUUGCCCUGUGCACUAUCGCGCAUGCGGCACCCCAUGCGACCUCACAAGCAGACGAGCUUCUGGUAUCACUCCAGACUCGGAGAGUAGGCCAUCCGUUACCUCCAAAACCAGCCCCACCUACACCUCCACCGGAUGCCCCACCUCCACCGAAUGUACCACCACCAUCACCCCAAAUGCACCUGGAUGAAAAUCCUUUCUAG